AUGGAAGUGGAAAGUCGCAUUAAAGCAUAUAAGUUCGUGGCUUAUUCAGCUGUGACGUUUAGCGUCCUAGCGGUUCUUGCAGUAUGUGUCAGCUUGCCGAUGGUGUACAAUUAUUUUCAUCAUGUUCGCACCCAAAUGUACCACGACAUGAAGCUCUGCAAAGGAUCUGCACGAGACAUUUUGAUGGAAGUAAGAGAUCUGAAAGCUCAACCAAGCGAAGCUUUCAAUCGAACAAGAAGGCAAGCCGGAUAUGGUCCCAGACCUUCACUACCAAUUGAAGAUAGGCCAAGUAUAUCCAUGAUUCACGGUGGCGGUGGUGGCCGUGGCGGUGUUGGCUGUGAAGGUUGCUGCAUACCUGGACCACCUGGACCUCCGGGGCCGCCAGGGAGACCAGGAAGACCUGGUAAGCCCGGCAUGCCUGGAAUACCCGGUAUGCAUGGAAUUCCGCCUCAAGUUCCCUGUGAAUUUGAGCCUCCACCAACAUGUCCACCUUGUCCGGCUGGGCCACCCGGACUUCCGGGUCCUAGAGGACCAGCAGGCGACAGAGGUGAACCCGGCUCACCUGGUAUGGAUGGUAGCGACGCCCCACCAGGACCGCCUGGCCCACCUGGUCCUCCUGGUCCAGCAGGAUUGCCUGGACCUGAUGGACCACCUGGCGACCCAGGAAUGGACGCUACAGCUCCAGCAGCAAAAGAAGGUGAACCAGGUGAACCUGGUGACCCUGGACCAGCAGGUCCUCCGGGUCCAGCUGGAGAUCCUGGAUCGGACGGAAUGCCUGGUCCGCCGGGUCCAAAGGGCCCAAGAGGUCCCGAAGGAGAACCUGGAGUGGAUGGAGUGCCCGGUCCAAUGGGACCUCCUGGGCCACCAGGCCCUCCAGGCGAGAAGGGUAUCUGUCCAAAAUAUUGCGCGAUGGAUGGUGGAGUUUUCUUUGCUGAUGGUACGCGACGAUAA